AUGCAGCUAUUUGUUCGCGGACAAAACCUUCAUACUUUCGAUGUCACUGGCACGGAGAGUGUCCAGUAUCUCAAGAAUGAAAUCGCCUUUGCUGAGGGCAUUUCUGUCGACGAACAGGUUCUCUUCUAUGCUGGACAACCUCUAGAGGAUGAACUGAGCCUUGCGGAUUGUGGGGUAGUUGAUCUGGCUACUUUGGAAGUCGGGCUUCGCUUGCUCGGAGGUAUAAACCCUUAAAUUGAUUUGUUUAUCUAUUGCUAGAGCUAUUUUUAUGCUUUUCAAAGAGAGUUGGGCUCUGUUUGUCACAUUUUUGUACUCUUUGAAAGUAGAGUAUUAGUUUUUUUCCAAAAAAACUAUCAGAUGAUUUAAGUGGUGAACUUGCAUUCUACAUGGUUAGGGAAAUUUUCAGCCGUAAGGUCAGAAGAAAAGUGAGGAAAUUUUUCAUGUUAGUUAACUACGACCUAGCAGUUUUUCCUUUCUUAAUUGUUUUGGCAUCGCUAUGGUACAAUUGACUUAUACCAAUUUGUUGAUAAUACCUAAAUGGAUGGAAAAGACAAUCGUAACAUAUGGUUUUGACACACUACUAUGUGAUAGAUUUUUAAUUAUUUGAUGUAAGAAAUUCUGUGGUUAUUGCAAUAGAAACACUGCUGUCUGUGGGAACCAUGAUCCUUCAUUAUCAUGUAAGGGAAUUGAUUUGAGAAAAUUGGAGUAAGCCUUUUCUAUCACUGUAAUUUAGCUGUGGAUCUUAGAUAUAUUCAACUAAAUACCACUGGAUCACCUCAACAGAGUUCUACAUGCUCAUGUAGAGUCCUGUCAAUCCUUACAAUGACACCUACAGUGUAUAUGAAGGUGAUAUGACUCUACAGCUUUCCCAGAUUGGAACCUUUAAAUAUUUGAUCAAACUAUAUUUUGGCAUUUUCCUGGAAGAAAGUUUUAGAGAAAAUUCAUAACUAUUCAUUUUUCUCACACAGGUAAGGUUCACGGUUCCCUUGCUCGUGCUGGUAAAGUGAAGGGACAAACACCCAAGGUAUGUUUCUGUGUUUUGUGUACUGGUCCUUUACGCCCUAUCUUCUGUAUGCAUUUUCUCCACACUGUUCUCUAUACCUUUCCUAAAGUGCUGCCUAGGAGAAUUUGUUUUACUAUCAAGAACUCCUUUAGUUGGUGGUCAUUUCCUUUAUUCUCAAGACCAUAAUGUGUGACUCCAGGGCAAUACUGAAUUUAGAAGUUAGAUGCUACUCACUCUUUGUGGUCAAAGCGCUGAGGUAGUCCUUUUAAACUUGUCUUCAUCAACAAGCUUAUCAGUAAAAACAUGGCAAAGAACCUUUCUAGGGAAAUCAAAGUGUUUUUUUUCUUUGUUUUUGUUGUUUUUUUUUUCACAUGCUGUACCAUAUUUCUUAGAAGUAAAGUGAAAUCAAGGAGGAAAUAAGAUAUAAAGAAAUUUUUGCCCUGAACUUUUCAUUGUCAUUUAUGAACUCUGUACAUAGUGUAAGCUUACCAUAUCAUUGUGUUCCUGUUGAUAUUAAUCCUUUAACUCCCAGAUCAAAUAUGUUAUUCUCCUUACUGUCAACCAUACAAUUCUUAUAAUGUUAGUUCAGAGAAUACAGUAUUGGAUCAACCAAUUAUUCCCAAAUUGAUAUUUUUCUUUAUUCUCAUCACUCAUGUGGUUGAUAUUGUAUUGAUACUGUAAGGAGAAAUUCUGUCUUAGUCACUCAUGGGAGUUAAAGGGUUAAUUAAGAUGCAGCAGGUAGGCCAUGGAAGAAACUAUCAGCUUUUGGUACAUAAAUGUGGUUUCUACCUUUUACACAGGUUGACAAGCAAGAAAAGAAAAAGAAGAAGACUGGCCGUGCUAAGCGAAGAAUGCAAUACAACAGGCGAUUUGUUAAUGUUGUUGCUGGAUUUGGAAAAAGAAGGGGACCUAAUUCAAAUGCACCCUGA